AUGGUUAUAUAUAUACGUAUGGGAAAUAUUACACGCAAACACGGCGAACUUUAUAAAACCCUAACUGAAGAUGUAUUGAAUCGAUGCUGUUCGGUGACUGGUUUCACUCCGGAAGUUAUUCGAAAAGAACAUGAUAAAUUUUUCGAUGUGGCUGGAGAUGGACGUCUGAAAAAAGAGUACAUGGAAGAACUACUAGGUGACUAUAUGCCACAGAAUAUUUAA